AUGACUUUGCAUAAAGAUAAACAAAACUCUGAAAUUCUAGAAAUUUUCAAACAAGUCAGAAUCAACAUCCCUCUUUUAGAUGCAAUCAAACAAAUCCCAGCAUAUGCAAAAGUUUUGAAAGAUUUGUGUACUGUCAAAAGAAAACUAAAUGUUGAGAAGAAAGCUUUCCUCACUGAGCAAGUUAGUGCCAUCAUUCAAAACCAUGCACCCCCUAAAUACAAAGACCCUGGCUCACCAACCAUUUCUUGCACCAUUGGAAACUCAAAGAUUGGCCAGGCUUUGCUAGAUUUAGGUUCAGGGGUAAAUCUGUUACCCUUCAGUGUGUAUGAGCAGCUAGGGUUGGGUGAACUAAAACCUACCUCCAUAAUUCUACAAUUGGCUGAUAGGUCCAUAAAAAUUCCUAGGGGAGUUGUAGAAGAUGUAUUAGUACAAGUAGAUAGAUUUUACUAUCCAGUAGACUUUGUGGCACUGGAUAUGAAAUUGACUGCCCAAACUAAUGUCUCUUUUGCACCAGUGAUCUUGGGAAGACCCUUUUUAGCCACCUCUAAUGCCAUUAUCAACUGUAGGAGUGGAGUUUUAAACCUGAGUUUUAGCAACAUGACUUUGGAAUUAAACAUUUUUAAUCUGUGUAGGCAACCUCAAGAUUUGGAGGAGAUGCAAGAAGUCAAUGCUUUGGAAGCAGUUCUUUCUGAAGUUUUUUUGUGUGAAAACGAUUCUUUCAAAUUUUUUUUAGAAAGUGAGGAUAAUGACAUCCCUGCUGUGUUUGCUGUAGGGAGCCCAGGUGACACCAAGUAG